AUGGAAGAAAAGGUUGCUCUCACCAAUGAGGCAUCCGCCAUGGCAAGAGAUUUUGUUUGGUCUUUGGAGAAGCUGGACGGAUCGAUGCAGUAUCCUAAAGGUAAAUACGGUGAUUGCCUAGAGGUCCUUAACUUCAUCAUGGGUAAAUGCUCAGAGAGGUUCCAGGCAGCCAUCUCAAAUUUCCCUGGAUGCUCAACACUUAGAUCACACCUUUGUUCUGUUAAUGCUGAACAUAGUUUCGUUGAUCCUAACUCAGAAACUCAACCAGUAAUCGAAGUGGGACUUGAAAUGAGAACGGCAUUUUCUGCUGAACGUACGUUUGCUUCUCAUCAAAGUCUUGACAACGAGUUCAGCGCUGUGUUCAAAUAUGAACACAUUGUCAGAGAGAGAAAGCAUGCUUGUAGAUUCGAAGGGUGUACAGGCACAGUCACUUCCCAGAAUACUGUAAGCUUACAAGACUUCCCGUCCUUCUUAUUCUUGGGAAAUGCAAGAGGAGCUGGUAUUGCAUUGGAAACGACUUACUUUCCAAGUAUCCUGCAAAUAUCCGAAAAACUGAAUUACGAAAUUCAAGGUCGUGUGUAA